AUGGCCAAAUUCGUGCUUGCGGGUAGAGCAGAUGACCCAUAUUAUGCUAAAGCUGAAAUCCUGGCAGACUAUUUACAAAAGAAUCUUCCUGAUUUUCAUGUAUUUAAAAUUACCCAACAUCCUGAUGUUUGGGAGGAGUGGCUGAGAGAUGUGUGUGAAAAGAAUAAAUGGAGCCACAAAAGUUCCCCCAUCAUCUGGAGGGAGCUACUGGAUCGCGGAGGCAAGGGCUUGCUUCUGGGAGGGUAUAAUGAGUUCCUGGAGCAUGCCCAGCUUUACUACGAUGUCACCUCUAGCAUGACGACUGAGCUGAUGAAGGCGAUUGCUCAGGAGAACCUGGAGGCUCAUAUACAAAAGGAGCUGGAGAAAGAAUCCCUGAAAGACCUCAUUGACCCCUUGCAGGUCUGGAUCACCAGUGCGUCUGCCCCUGCCUGCUACAGCCUCAUCCCCAUCCUGACCAGCGGGGAGGUGUUCGGAAUGCACACGCAAAUCAGCAUAGCUCUGUUUGACAACAAGCAGGCGGAAAAAACCCUCCAGAACCUCGCCCUGAAUGCGCAGGACCUGGUGUCGCCCCUGCUGCGCAGCGUCUCCAUCUGCACCAGAGCGGAGGAGGCCUUCCGCCAGGCCCACGUGGUCAUCAUCCUGGACGACCCCAGGACCAAGGAGGUGUUCACGGUGGAGGAAUGCCUCCGCAGCAGGGUGCCUCUGUGCAGGCUCUACGGCUACCUGAUCGAGAAGAACGCUCGCGACUCGGUCCGAGUCAUCGUGGCAGGAAAAACCUUUGUCAACCUGAAAACGUUGUUGCUCAUGAGAUACGCCCCGAGCAUCGCGCACAAUAUUGUCGCCGUGGCGCUGGGGGUGGAAGGGCAGGCCAAAGCGGCGGUGGCCAGGAAGAUGAAAACAUCCCCCUCGUACAUCAAAGAUGUGAUAAUUUGGGGUAAUAUUAGUGGAAAUUGCUACGUUGAUCUGAGAAAAGCCAAGAUUUACAAAUAUGAGAGUGCUAUUUGGGGACCUCCUCACUUUUCUCGCCCUGUGUUAAGCUUGGUUUUUGAUAGUGAGUGGGUAAACAGAGAAUUUGUGACAACUCUUGAAGAUUUGACUGCCACAGGAAAACAAUUUGGAGGCAUGUUAGCUGCACACAGUAUAGCCACUACAUUGAAAUACUGGUACCAUGGCUCACCGUAUGGGGAAAUCGUGUCCUUAGGAGUAUUGAGUGAAGGCCAGUUUGGCAUUCCUGAAGGGAUCGUCUUUUCUAUGCCUGCGAAAUUUGAGAAUGGAACUUGGGUGGUUCUCACAGAUCUCAAAGAUAUCGAAAUAAGUGAACAAACAAUGGCCAGAAUGACAAGUGAUCUGAUGCAGGAGAAACUUGUUGCACUUGGAGAUUUGUUAUAUUUUCACCCAUAUCAACCAGAACAUGAAAGGGCUGCCUUAUCUACCAUAGAUGACAAUGAGGAAAAUCAGGAAUAUGCAGAUGAUUUGUUUUCAGAAUAUAAAAAUGACAUUCCUGAUCUAACACACGAGGAAGGGAAAGAUCGAGUUAUGCCAGAUGCUUCAACCCCUCAUGUUCACCCGUCUUACCUUUCCCUUUUCUUCUUUGUUCUUCAUUACAAAGCCCCAAAUCACCGACAUGGCAAGUGA